GGCGGCGGCGGCGGCGGCGGCGGCGGCCCCGACUGCAGAGCGGCGGGAGCCGAGCGAGCCGGGCCGGGCGCGGGCGGCGCCAUGGGGCGACGCGGCGUGUGAGGCGGCGAGCGAGCGGCGGGCGGGCUGCGGGCCGCCAAGAUGGCCGACCUGGAGGCGGUGCUGGCCGACGUGAGCUACCUGAUGGCCAUGGAGAAGAGCAAGGCCACGCCGGCCGCGCGCGCCAGCAAGAAGAUCCUGCUGCCCGAGCCCAGCAUCCGCAGCGUCAUGCAGAAGUACCUGGAGGACCGGGGCGAGGUGACCUUUGAGAAGAUCUUCUCGCAGAAGCUGGGCUACCUGCUAUUCCGUGACUUCUGCCUGAAGCACCUGGAGGAGGCCCGGCCCCUGGUGGAGUUCUAUGAAGAGAUCAGGAAAUACGAGAAGCUGGAGACGGAGGAGGAGCGCCUGGCCUGCAGCCGGGAGAUCUUUGACAGCUACAUCAUGAAGGAGCUGCUGGCCUGCUCGCACCCCUUCUCAAAAAGCGCCAUCGAGCACGUGCAGGGCCACCUGGUCAAGAAGCAGGUGCCUCCGGAUCUCUUCCAGCCCUACAUCGAGGAGAUCUGCCAGAACCUCCGAGGGGACGUGUUCCAGAAAUUCAUCGAGAGCGACCGGUUCACGCGCUUCUGCCAGUGGAAGAACGUGGAGCUCAACAUCCACCUGACCAUGAAUGACUUCAGCGUGCAUCGCAUCAUCGGGCGAGGGGGCUUCGGCGAGGUCUACGGGUGCCGGAAGGCCGACACGGGCAAGAUGUACGCCAUGAAAUGUCUGGACAAGAAGCGCAUCAAGAUGAAGCAGGGCGAAACCCUGGCCCUGAACGAGCGCAUCAUGCUGUCCCUCGUCAGCACGGGGGACUGCCCGUUCAUCGUCUGCAUGUCCUAUGCCUUCCACACGCCCGACAAGCUGAGCUUCAUCCUGGACCUCAUGAACGGCGGUGACCUGCACUACCACCUGUCCCAGCACGGCGUCUUCUCCGAGGCCGACAUGCGCUUCUACGCGGCCGAGAUCAUCCUGGGCCUGGAGCACAUGCACAACCGCUUCGUGGUCUACCGGGACCUCAAGCCGGCCAACAUCCUCCUGGACGAACACGGCCACGUGCGCAUCUCCGACCUGGGCCUGGCCUGCGACUUCUCCAAGAAGAAGCCCCACGCCAGCGUGGGCACCCACGGGUACAUGGCCCCCGAGGUGCUGCAGAAGGGUGUGGCCUACGACAGCAGCGCCGACUGGUUCUCCCUGGGCUGCAUGCUCUUCAAGUUGCUGCGGGGGCACAGCCCCUUCCGGCAGCACAAGACCAAAGACAAGCACGAGAUUGACCGCAUGACGUUGACCAUGGCGGUAGAGCUUCCCGACUCCUUCUCCCCCGAGCUGCGCUCCCUGCUGGAGGGUUUGCUGCAGAGGGACGUCAACCGCAGGCUGGGCUGCCGCGGCCGGGGGGCUCAGGAGGUGAAGGAAAGCCCCUUCUUUCGCUCCCUGGACUGGCAGAUGGUGUUCCUGCAGAAGUACCCGCCCCCCCUCAUCCCCCCGCGCGGGGAGGUGAACGCGGCCGACGCCUUUGACAUCGGCUCCUUCGACGAGGAGGACACCAAAGGAAUCAAGUUGCUGGACAGCGACCAGGAGCUCUACCGCAACUUCCCGCUCACCAUCUCGGAGCGGUGGCAGCAGGAGGUGGCCGAGACGGUGUUCGACACCAUCAACGCCGAGACGGACCGGCUGGAAACACGCAAGAAAACCAAAAACAAGCAGCUGGGCCACGAGGAAGACUACGCCCUGGGCAAGGACUGCAUCAUGCACGGCUACAUGGCCAAGAUGGGCAACCCCUUCCUGACGCAGUGGCAGCGGCGCUACUUCUACCUGUUCCCCAACCGGCUGGAGUGGCGGGGCGAGGGCGAGGCCCCGCAGAGCCUGCUGACCAUGGAGGAGAUCCAGUCGGUGGAGGAGACGCAGAUCAAGGAGCGCCGCUGUCUGCUGCUGAAGAUCCGCGGCGGCAAGCAGUUCGUGCUGCAGUGCGACAGCGACCCCGAGCUGGUGCAGUGGAAGAAGGAGCUGCGCGACGCCUACCGCGAGGCCCAGCAGCUGGUGCAGCGGGUGCCCAAGAUGAAGAACAAGCCGCGCUCGCCCGUGGUGGAGCUCAGCAAGGUGCCCCUGGUCCAGCGGGGCAGUGCCAACGGCCUCUGAGCCGCCCGCCCGCCCGCCCGCCCACCGCCUUUUAUAAACCUCUAAUUUAUUUUGUCGAAUUUUUAUUAUUUGUUUUCCCGCCAAGCGGAAAAGGUUUCUUUUGUAAUUAUUGUGAUUUCCUGUGGCCCCAGCCUGGCCCAGCCCCCAGGGAGGGGCUCGCUUGCCUUGGCUCCCGCUGCCGCCCACCAGCCACCGUCCGCGCCCUCCGUCCCGCGCCCGGGGGUCUCCCGCUCCCACUGUCUUCCCGAGGGGCGAGUCGAGGCGCCGCCUCGGCCCCCGCCUGGUGGCCCGGCGCCCCCGGGGAGGCCACAGCGACAGAGCCUACUUGAAAUUGCCCACCGCGGCGUGGCCUCCCCUGCCAGGGCCGGGUGGCGGAGGGGGCACGGUCCCCCUGCCCCAGGGUCUCCACGGGACUUGGGCUCCUCGUGUCGGAAGCACCCUGGGACCCGGCCACCCCCAUCCUGACUUCGCUGGACGUGGGCGGGGCACGGGCUGGGCCCCCGCCGCUCCUCUCUCCGCCCUGGGGCCAGAGCUCAGGGACCGGGGAGGGGCACUCCUCGGGGCCACACCACAAGGGGGGCCAGCCCCGGCCACCACCCCGUCCUGUCAGCGCCAGCGCCCCGCCCCGCCCGCCGCAUGCCCCCUGUGCCAGUCGCGCUGCCGUGUGGUGUCGCCCUCCCCUGGGGCUGGGUCGGCGCCUGCCCCCCACUCACUCCCGGGGUGUUUCUUUGCCGAUUUUGAAUGUGAUUUUGAAGAGUGGAAAAUGAAACUCCGCGUUUUUAUAAAAAAUGGUGCCUGA